UGUAUAUAAAGAUCGUUUAGAUAAAUUGUAACAAACGUACAUCGGAGUGCCGAGAUGAAGUAUUUUGGGAAAACAGCACUGUUAUUAUGUUUCAUUUACAUAACAAGUGCCGCCAAAUUGAAGCACACAAACAAAGAGUUUAAUCAAAAUAGAAGUUUUCCGGCUGAUUUUUUAUUUGGUGCAGCAACAGCAGCAUUUCAAGUUGAAGGAGGAUGGAACCAAGGAGGUCGCGGUUGGUCGAUGUGGGACUACCAUAUAGAGACCGAUUCUACAUUUAUUUUCGACGGUACCACUCAUGAAGUUGCAGCGGAUUCAUAUAACCAAUAUAAAAGAGACGUUGGCCUACUGAAGGAGCUAGGCGUGAAUGUGUACAGAUUUUCCGUAUCAUGGCCUAGAAUACUGCCUCUCGGCACACCGGAUUAUGUUAACCCUGAAGGAAUAGCAUACUACAAUAACCUUAUCGAUGAACUGCUCGCCAAUGGCAUAACACCAAUGAUAACUAUUUACCACUGGGAUCUGCCUCUUCGCCUAGCUGAACUUGGUGGUUGGUUGAAUGAAGAUAUUGCAACUUGGUUAGGAGAUUAUGCCAGAGUUGUUUAUCAAAAUUUCGGGGACAGAGUAAAGACUUGGCUAACAAUAAAUGAGCCAUUUAUUAUCUGUAGCCUUGGCCACGCCUUUGGAAAACACGCACCCAGAAUUGAAUCUCCUAGUGAAGGCUUCUACGAAUGCGGUCGCAAUGUGCUUCUCGCUCAUGCAAGAAUGUACCACAUUUAUUACGAUGAGUUUAAAUCGCAAGGUGGUAAGGUCGGUGUGAUCUUGAAUUGCGAUAUGGCUUUCCCUUCCACGGAUUCUCAAGACGAUGCGGAAGCAGCUGAAGAUUAUUUGGUCUUUACGCUGGGACAGUAUGCACAUCCAAUUUACUCACCACAAGGCAACUAUCCGCAGCGACUCAUUGAUAGGGUUGGCAAUGCUAGUGCUCUCGAAGGUUAUAAGCAGUCCCGUCUGAGACCUUUCACGCCUGAACAGAUAAACUAUAUCAGAGGAACUUCGGAUUUCUUCGGCCUGAAUCAUUACUCCAGUUAUUAUGUAUACAGAAAUGAUUCCUUGAAAGAUAGCUUUGUAGUGCCUUCGUUUGAAGGUGACCUGUACAUCGGUACCUACACUGAUCCCGACUGGACUACAGAGUCGAGUAUGUGGAUAUAUGGAUUCGCACCAGGGCUAUACAACCUCCUCCUGCACAUUAAGAAGGAGUACAAUGAUCCUACUAUAUACAUUACCGAAAAUGGUUCUGUGGAUAAAUUGGGCUUCUACGAUGAAGAUAAAGUAGCUUAUUUCAGAGGCUAUCUGAAUGCCGUCUUGGACGCUUUGGAGGAAGGUGUUGAUGUGAGGAUGUAUACUGCCUGGAGUCUAAUGGAUACAUUUGAGUGGGAUUAUGGAUAUUUAAUGAGAAUGGGUUUGUACCAACUGGAUACGGAUGACCCCAACAGGCCGGUAUUUCCUCGGAAAUCAGCCUUAGUAUAUAAGGAAAUUAUAAGAAGCAGAAUAAUUGAUCCCAAUUAUAAUCCAGAACCGAAUGACUUAUAAAAAAAAUUUUGCAUAAAAUCAAUUGUAUUUGUUGACAAAUUUUAAUAAUUAUAAUAUUUAAAUAA